ACAACGCGCGUACAGACUACACGUUCGUUUGUACCUGCACAAAAUGUACGUACGUACGACGACUGUACGUAUUCCACACCUCCGUACUGCAUGUACUAAUGUGCUCAGAAAACAAGCAACAUGUUGAACAUUUUCAGUGCCUACCAAGAAAUGUUACUCCCUUAGGGUCAGCAAGUUCAGCAGAACAUUGAUCAAGCAACAGAGAUUUCCACUGGUCGCUGAGUUUGCAAACUUACGGAGCAUUUUACUGCUAAUCUGUGUCCAAAUUUCCUGUUGUCAUGAGCAUCGAGAUACCUUCGGGGUUGACGGACCUCCUGCAGGAUUUCACCGUGGCGGUCCUGCGUGAGCGGCCGGACGAUCUGGUCGAGUUCGCGGCCCAGCACUUCUCCAAACUGCACGACCUCGAGAGCAAGGGCAAGCGAGAGGUGAAGUUUUCCGAGCCGGCCGAUGGUGACUCGGAUAUUGAUGAUGAACCGCCAGAGCUUCCAAGAAACAGAUUUUCAAGAAGAAAAUCAGUAUGCGCAGAGCGCUACGAUCCAGAAGCUGAGGAUGAAUCAGAGAAUGAGCCUAAGGUGGUGUUUCCCAAGUCAGAUGAACAGAGGGCCCGACUAGCAGCGUCCGUUAAAAACAUCCUGCUAUUUAGAGCACUAGAAAAGGAACAAAUGCAACAAGUGCUAGAUGCCAUGUUUGAAAAGAGGACCCAGCCAGACGAUCACAUUAUCGACCAGGACGAUGAUGGAGACAAUUUCUACGUCAUCGACAGUGGCUUGUACGACAUCUUUGUCAACGGCAACAAGGUGGGCUCCUACAACAACACGGGUAGCUUUGGGGAGCUGGCUCUCAUGUACAACACGCCUCGAGCAGCGACCAUCGUUGCCACCACGCCGGGCUCGCUAUGGGCACUGGAUCGCUCCUCAUUCCGGAGGAUAGUGCUCAAGAAUGCAGCCAAGAAGCGCAAGAUGUACGAGACGCUACUAGAGAACGUCUCCAUGCUGAAAUCAUUAGAGCCCUAUGAGCGAAUGAAUCUUGCCGACGCUUUAGAAACCAAGAAAUACUCAGACGGAGAGUGUAUCAUUGCACAGGGUGAUGAAGCUGACGGGUGCUAUUUCAUUGAAACUGGUAGUGUCCGCAUCACAAUGAAAAACAAGAAUGCAGACGACCCAACAAAAGAGAAACAAAUUGCAACAUUCAGCGAGGGCCAGUUCUUCGGAGAGCUAGCUCUGAUAACAAACAACCCCCGUGCUGCCUCGGUUUAUGCCUGCGGUGAUGUGAGAUGUGCCUUCCUAGACGUGAACGCCUUUGAGAGGUUGCUGGGCCCUUGCAUGGACAUCAUGAAGAGGAACAUUGCCCACUACGAGGAGGAAGUGGAACGAAUGUUUGGCAAGGGACCCAAAUGAUGAAACUUGCCUCCUCCACCCCUCCCCUAAUCCCCUGCCACCCCCUCCCAUUAGGCCCCUUCCCAUUAAACCCCUCACUUGCACCGACUGCCAGCAUCCUACCUAAAGACACGCCGACAUGUUCCACUUUUGGACAAAAUACAGACGAAGCUUUUUUACAAAAAUGCCAUGUGCACAAACUUGGAUGGACAUAUCAAAACUCUUGGGCAAGUUGGAUCAAGGAACAUAGUUUGACUAACUCUGAUCGAACGCACGCUAGUCGACGAUGGUUGGACUAGUCUAGUCGACUAUUCAGGACCAGCCUUCCGCGGCUGGUCGCGCCGUGAUUUAUAGCUGGUUAUCAAUAGCAAUUUUUCAUAGUAUAGUGCAGAGGGGACCAACUAUCAACAAAAAUG